AACAAAUAUGAUUCUGUUAAUAACGUCACAGGCAUUUAAAAUUACUGUAUUUAUAGAAAACUAGAUAUUACUGAGCACUGAUGGUGGUGGGAAGGCAAGAGUGGUGGCGCUGGACCCGCCCACGAGAUUAGGCAACCAUACAGAAACCAAUCCGCUGACAAGAGGCGUGGCCACCAGCUUGAAAUAGAGCUCCUCCAGCUGAGUGACACCAUGCUAGCUCACAGCCAUGGUUACCUUCAGCCACGUCUCCAGUCUGAGUCACUGGUUCCUCUUGCUGCUGCUGCUGAAUCUGUUCUUGCCGGUAAUAUUUGCUAUGCCUGAAUCAUACUCCUUCAACUGUCCCGAUGGUGAAUACCAGUCUAAUGAUGUCUGUUGCAAGACCUGUCCCUCAGGUACAUUUGUCAAGGCGCCCUGCAAAAUCCCCCAUACUCAAGGACAAUGUGAGAAGUGUCACCCAGGAACAUUCACAGGGAAAGAUAAUGGCCUGCAUGAUUGUGAACUUUGCUCCACCUGUGAUAAAGACCAGAAUAUGGUGGCUGACUGUUCUGCCACCAGUGACCGGAAAUGCGAGUGCCAAAUAGGUCUUUACUACUAUGACCCAAAAUUUCCGGAAUCAUGCCGCCCAUGUACCAAGUGUCCCCAAGGAAUCCCUGUCCUCCAGGAAUGCAACUCCACAGCUAACACUGUGUGCAGUUCAUCUGUUUCAAAAGAUCUGCCUCAGUGGUCUGGCCUACCUGAAUGGUUCAUGGAGAUCCCAGAAACUGGCUGUUCCUACUGAUGCUAAUUGUCUUCUGUAUCUGAAGAAGAUAAAGGUUCUACAGAUGGUGUCUGUAGCUUCCUUUUAUUGCUGUGAAGAGAAACCAUGGAGGCAACUCUUUCAUUUUAUUUUAUUUUUUAAUGUCUUGAACUUGAUUUGAAGACCAGGCUGGACUCAAACUCACAGAGAUCCGGACUAGGCACCUCUAAUAUAGGAAAACAUUGAAUUGGGACUGGCUUACAGUUUCAGAAGUUCUGUCCAUGAUUAUCAUAGUGCGAAGCAUGGAGGCACGGAGGCACACAUGGUGCUGGAGAAGAAGCUGAGAGUUCUGCAUCUUGAUCUGCAAGCAAUAAAAGGAGACUGUGUGCCACACUACACAUAGCUUGAACAUAGGAGACCUCAAAGCCUGUCCCCACAGUGACAAACUUCCUCCAACAAGGUCAUACCUCCUAAUAAUACCAUUUCUUAUGAGGCAAGCAUUCAAACACAUGAGUCUAUGAGGGCCAAACCAAUUCAAACCACCACAGGUUAACAAUUGCCCUCUGCAGCUCUCUGGUGGAGGCCCUCCUUGAGAGUAAGUAACAAUUUAGAUGAAGGCAAGUCCUGGUAUCAGGUCCAAAAGAAACUCAGGAUGAAUGGUCCACUGUGGUUCCUAUUAACAUACUGAAGAACAUGACCUCACCUUAGACUUCUCCACCUCACUGGCUUCCCUUCCCCUAGCUUCUCAUUCCCAGGUAACCCUGCCAUUUUUUGGUAAUGUGCCUUCUUGGUUCUUCCUCUCCUUUCCCCCUCUCUUCUGGUCCUUAUUUCUCUUCCUCUCCCACUCUCCACCAGCCGCCUCUUAAGGCCUGAGUCAGUCUGCAGGCCAUGUUUAAUCUACUACUUUCUCUCUGCUCUGGACUCAUCCAGAUGUCUCUGGCUGAGCUCUCCCUCCUAUCUACAAUAAAACCCUUCCCCCUAACCAGAAAUGGAACAGUUUUGUCCUCACUUUGUACAUCUGGUGCCUGAAACCAGAGAGGAAUAUAUAUGACCCCAUCCAAGAGACUCAGCCUCUCCUAGCCAAACCAUGCUGUUGGUUUGACGACUUCCUAAGGUAUGCAUGGAUGGAUCACUUGUUCCUGCAGGCUUCUGCAACCUACCAUAGUGAACUCCAAACCUGGAAUUCACCUCUUCAGCUGCUUCUCCCCUCUACUUGCUCUAACCAUUUGCUUCUCCUCACCAUAGCAGGAAAUUUCCACUUGCCUAGGGGUGUGGUCAAUGCCUUGCUAUCACUACUCAGAAAUUUCCCCUUGGCUAGAGGUGUGGUCAGUGCACUGCUCUCACUGCUCAGUAAAUUUCCACUUGCCUAGGGGUGUGGUCAGUGCCUUGUUCUCACUGCUCAGUAAAUUUCCCCUUGGCUAGGGGUGUGGUCAGUGCCUUUUUCUCACUGCUCAGUAAAUUUCCUCUUGGCUAGGGGUGUGGUCAGUGCCUUGCUCUCACUGCUCAGUAAAUUUCCACUUGCCUAGGGGUGUGGUCAGUGCCUUUUUCUCAAUGCUCAGUAAGUUUCCACUUGCCUAGGGGUGUGAUCAGUGCCUUGCUCUCACUGCUAAGUAAAUUUUCACUUGCCUAUGGGUUUGGUUAGUGCCUUGUGCUCACUGCUCAGUAAAUUUCCACUUGCCUAGGGGUGUGGUCAGUGCCUUUUUCUCACUGCUCAGUAAGUUUCCACUUGCCUAGGGGUGUGAUCACUGCACUGCUCUCACUUCUCAGUAAAUUUCCUCUUGGCUAGGGGUGUGGUCAGUGCCUUGUUCUCACUGCUCAGUAAAUUUUCACUUGCCUAGGGGUGUGGUCAGUGCCUUGUGCUCACUACUCAGUAAAUUUCCACUUGCCUAGGGGUGUGGUCAGUGCCUUACUCUCACUGUUCAGUAAAUUUCCUCUUGGCUAAGGGUGUGAUCAGUGCCUUGUGCUCACUACUCAGCAAAUUUCCACUAUCUAGGGGUGUGGUCAGUGGCUUGCUCUCACUGCUCAGUAAACUUCCAUGUAACUAGGGUGUGGUCAGUGCUUUGCUCUCCCACCAUGACCAGCUCUCCUAUGAUUUCCAGAUGAGGAGUGGGGUCAGUUGGACAGAGCCCUCAAACAUUUAUGUGUCCCCAAGCAGAAACCAAGACCAGGGGUGUCCACCUCGAUUUUGGUAGGAGUCCCCUGCUGCCACAGGACCAAAACUGUUACCUAUAGGUGCUCCAGCCCAGCCUCACAGAAUCCUUCAAUUGGGUGUGUGCACUCCUAGCACCAGAUGGUCCCACAGCCUGGACAGCAGGGAGACAGCCAGCUCCUCCCAGAAGUAGCCAACAAUCAAGCUUUUUGGCCACCCCCAUAAUGAUGCCCCAAUGUCAGCAGGAAGAAAUCAUAAAUGAAUAAAUACAUCACCCCUUAUUCUUUUAUUAUCAACAGAAGGCUGGAAUGUUUGGUUUCAGAGCCCUGGACAAGUUGCUUAGUUGCAUAUUUUACAUACCAAAGCAGACCUGGCCUCCAGGUUCUCCCAGCAUCCUUCUGUCCUUACCUGGCAUAACCUGCCCCCAAUCCUGAACUUCCCACCUAGGGACUGGGCUGCCAUUCCCGCAGAGGCUCUUCCCUAUAUAAUCCAGAGGAUUUUGGUCUUCCUGUUCUCUCUCUGCACAUGGGCACUUUCUCUUCCCCUUUGCCUUUUACCCCAUACCUGUGGUAACUUCCCUCACCUUCUUCCCUGGGUCAGUGAACUCAACUGAGAGCAAUAUUCCAAUAAAACUGUGUUUAAUAUAAUCUAA